UUUCCGGUCUCGACCACCGUAAGGAAAACCUGCUAGUCACGGGAGCCACAAUGGCGUUUGCAGUCUCCUUCAGAUAGGGCUAUAGAUGUUAUUAAAUCCACUGGCAUCGCCCUAAAUAUAGGCCUGGUUGAUUCCCAGAGCCAUUUAUAAUAAACUGGAACAUUUACUGCACACGAAUAUCCUAUAAUUUCAGAUAAUUACUGAAUUUAUAGGAGAUAAAAAAUAUAUUAAAGGGAACGUGAUUGUAAACAGUACCAACCGGGUCAAGUUUUCCAAACGAGAAACAAGAACGCCUUUAAUGCGUUCAUUGCCGUUUCUAAACUCUUAAAGCUGCAAUUCUGUGGAAUAAAUACACAAUACUAAACUUGGCACCGGACAAGGAAAUCUUUUAAAAAAGGGUAUUUUUCGUAUUUUUUCACCAAUCAGCACGCUAGCUGCUCAACGCUAGCUAGCAGGCUACCAAAAUUGAAACGGAGUAGACCACAAUGAUCUGAUUCUUGGUCUGGAUUUUCUUUAUUUUGUCUACUGACGAAUUCAAAGCAACGUUCCUAUCUCACUGGGUAACUACCUUUUUCAUUUUCUGACUGUAAAUAUGCGAUCGACCGUAAUGGAAUGAAGUGGCAUUGAAGACCGGAGAGGAAAGGCCUGGUUUGUUUAUUUUCCAUUUCAUUUGUUUGCAACAUUUUUUGGCAUUUGGGAAUACUGUUUCCUUGUGAAUGUACCGCCUGGGCCACAGGGGCCCACGCGCAGAAAAGGUACCGUUGCCGACGUGAGGAAUGCCUGGGUCGGACCGACACCAUGGGACCAAGAAGAAGCCGGAAUCUAGCAUUAGCGCUGCCGUGCAGCCUCCAACUGCCAGUGGCAGCAGUAGUGGGCCCCAGCAGACCCAUGUCCCGCCCCACAUGUCUGUUGGAAACAUGACGAGCAAAGACGGUAAGAUUCAGUCAAAGUCGUCAAUGUCUAACUCUGCUAACGCUAAGCGAAAACGGCACAAAUCGACGAAACAUGUUCGUGAAUCUUCGGACCUUGGCUCUAAAGUGUCUACCCAUAGCAUUACGGCGCCUCCCACUGUCAACGCUGUGAAGCCUCUUGUGGAGUACGAUGAUAUUAGUUCAGAUUCGGACACCUUUUCGGACCCACCUACAGCUAAACCAUCAGAUCGUGGUCACAAGGACCGAUUAGAACCCACCCCUGAGUACGAAAGGGAAGACUCCUGUACUGCUCCUGGGGGGAGGGAGAACAAGGAGCACAAACAUACGCGCAAAAAGUCCAAAGAACCUAGCAAAGUUAGAGACCCUGGGGACACAGAACAGGGCACCAAGAAAAAGAGCACCAAGGACCGUGAGAAGGGCACUUCUGGAAAAAGCAAGGAGAAGGUUGCCGCUGUUGCCCCCGCCCCUGUAGCCUCUUCAUCCAGACGCCAGGAGCAGCCCGAGGUGGAACCGGUGGCGACUAAGCGUGGGGAGCUCACGCUCUCCUCCCUCACCAAGCCGGCAGCCAGUGUGGGAAGCACCACCUCCUCUGCCUCCUCGUCCCGCAGCAAGGAAAGCAGCCGCUCAGGGAAGUCCCGCAAGGAUAAACAGCAGCGGAAGGAAAGCCGGACUGAGGGCAGCCAUAGCUCCUCCCAGAGGAGCAGGACCGAAAAGAGCCAACGGAAGACCUCCAAGAGCCUUAAGUCCAGCCCCAAGGGCAAGUCAUCGAGCAGGGUUAGUAGCCCACCCCUCCGCAAGGGCACCAGCCUGGCCCAGUCUCCCAGUCCCAGGAGGGCAGCUGGUACUGAGAGCCCUCUGGGCGUCGGGUAUGGGCAACAUGGCAGUGAGGAUGGCUACCCCAGGCGCAGGGUGGCCCAGAGCCCUAGCCCCUACCGGGAGACGACGAGGCGCAGCAGGCAGAGGUCGGACAGCCCCUACGGCAGCAGGCACCGGUCGUCCAGCUACGAGCGAGACAGCAGCCCCUACUCACGGAGACGCUCCAUCAGCCCGUACGGGACCCGCAGGUCCUCCAGCACCAGUCCCAUUCCCCGGCGCCCCGGGACCUCCAGAAGCCGCUCCCCUCCACAGUACUCCUCGCGGCGCUCCUCCUCGCGGCCCCGCAGCAACAAGCGCCACUCCUCCUCCGCGGCUGGAGGGGGUGGCGGAGGCGGGGGCUCCCACAGCAGCAGACCCCCCAGCCGAUCCCCGCCCUCCUCCCGCCUGCCGCUCAACUCCAGCCUGGGCGCCGAGCUGAGCCGCAGGAAGAAGGAGCGCCAGCAGGCUGCCGCCGCCGCCCGUGCUGCCAGUGGGGCCUCCUCCCCCCCCCCCACACACAGACCCAAGCCGGACUCGACGCGGUCUGCUUCUGCUGCUGCGAAGAAUGAGGCAGCGCAGGCCGCAAAGGACUCUGGGCCGGCCGAACCUCCUCCAGCCCCGCCACCAUCGUCGUCAUCGGCUCUGGCAGCUCAGGGUGCCACUCCUGAUGUGGAGGAGCCGGUGUUAGACGCAACCCCCGUACCGCUGGACUCACCAUCCUGUCCUUCCCCCGCGUCCUCUCUGCUGCAGCACUCUCUGCCUCCCCCGGUCAGCGCCACAGUAGGCCCGGCUCCUCCCCCCCCACCUCCGACACCACCUCAGCCAUCACCGAGGUCUGAGGCCAGUGUUCAGCCACCCUCGGCCCCGCUGGCUGUGCCGCAGCCCAAGUCCCCUGCAGCCCGUAGCCCCAUGCGCCCCACCCCGCUACACAAGACCUCCACGCUGCCCCUCCUGCCACUGCCACCUAUGCUGCUGGUAGACGCUCAGGACAGUCCAAAGAAGUCCACCCCUCCUCAGAGGAUGCAUAGGAAGGAGAAGGAAGUGCGCAGCAGGCCUUCGCUGAUCGACCUGCCUCUGCCCCCCACCUUGCCAGGCGGUCAUCAUCACUCCCCACCUCAGUCCCCCAACCGCCAGGCCUCCCUGCUACCUGAGAUGACCCUCAAGAAGAGACCAAAGUUUUGUUGCCCGCGAUAUGGGGAGCGGAAACAGACCCAGAGUGACUGGGGAAAGCGCUGUGUUGACAAGUUUGACAUAAUCGGUAUCAUCGGGGAGGGCACUUAUGGUCAGGUGUACAAGGCAAAGGACAAAGACACUGGGGAGCUGGUUGCCCUGAAGAAAGUGCGCUUGGACAAUGAAAAGGAGGGCUUUCCCAUCACGGCCAUCAGAGAGAUCAAGAUCCUGAGGCAGCUGAACCAUCGCAGUGUGGUCAACAUGAAGGAGAUCGUCACUGACAAGCAGGAUGCGCUCGACUUCAAGAAGGACAAAGGUGCCUUCUAUCUGGUGUUUGAGUACAUGGACCACGACCUGAUGGGUCUUCUGGAGUCGGGCCUGGUCCAGUUCUCCCAGGAGCACGUACGCAGUUUCAUGCGACAGCUGAUGGAAGGCCUUGACUACUGCCACAAGAAGAACUUUCUGCACAGGGACAUCAAAUGCUCUAACAUUCUGCUGAACAAUAGUGGUCAGAUCAAGCUAGCUGAUUUUGGUCUUGCCCGGCUCUACAAUUCGGAGGAAAGUCGCCCGUACACUAACAAAGUGAUUACACUAUGGUACCGUCCCCCGGAGCUCCUCCUGGGUGAAGAGAGGUACGGUCCCGCCAUCGACGUCUGGAGCUGUGGGUGCAUUUUAGGAGAGCUCUUCACCAAGAAGCCCAUUUUCCAGGCCAACCAGGAGUUGCUGCAGCUGGAGCUCAUCAGCCGCCUGUGUGGGAGCCCCUGUCCCGGGGUGUGGCCUGACGUCAUCAAACUCCCCCUCUUCAACACCAUGAAGCCCAAGAAGCAGUACCGCCGACGUCUGCGCGAGGAGUUUGCCUUUCUGCCGAGCCAAGCCCUGGACCUGCUGGACCGAAUGCUGACCCUGGAUCCGGCCCGGAGGUGCACGGCGGAGCAGGCCCUCAACAGUGACUUCCUGUGUGACGUGGAGCCCAGCAGGAUGCCCCCGCCUGAUCUUCCUCACCACCAGGACUGCCACGAGCUGUGGAGCAAGAAGCGGCGGCGUGCGCGCCAGAGUGGGCAGCCCGAGGAAGUGCCUGUGCCCAAAGUGUCCCGCAAGGACCCCGCAGGGCCGCCUGUUACGGAAAACAGCCGGCCGCAAUCAAGUCCUGCUGCAGCCCCGCCCCCUCCGCCUGGAAGACCGCCCUCCGCCCUGGUCACAGCCAAUGAGCUGUCAGGUAACUUCAAAAGCCUGGGGGUGGCAGCAGAGCAGCUGAACCAGACAGAGCUGGCCGUGCUGCUCAACCUCCUCCAGGGCCAGACGGACCUCACCCUGCCCCAGGUGGCCCAGCUCCUCAACGUCUCCAAUCCCACCAGCCUCAGCCAGUCCCUCAGCGCCCUCACUGAGGCGUCUCACCAGCAGGGGGCGUCAGAGGACCAGGCCGCUCCGCCGCCGCCACCGCCACCGCACCAACCUUCCAGGCCUCACCCCCCCCCGGAGCCCCAGGAGCUGUCCCCGGCACCCGGAGAGCCCUCGCUCAGCCAGGAGGAGCAGGCCAACUUGCUGGCCCUCAUCCUGGGCCAGAUCAUGAAGCCGCACAGUGAGGGGGCGGAGCAAGGCGACGAGAGCAACGGCGUCCAAUCGGAAGCCUUAGCACGCGGUUCCUCCGCUUCCACCGCCGAGCGCAAGGACAGUGCAGCGCUGAAGAAGACCCCUGUGGCGAACACGACUAUUCAGUCUCUGGCGCUACAAAGCCCGCCGUCACCCCGAGGCCCUCCUCCCUCUUCCUCCUCUGCCUCCACCCAGCCAAGUGCCUCCUCCACCACCCAGCCGCCAGCCCCCUCCACCCAGCCGCCAGCCCCCUCCACCCAGCCCCACAGCCAGGACAUCCGGCCGGCGGUGGCCGCCGCCUUGCUCCAGCUCAUCUCUCACCGCGACCCGUCGUCAUCGGAGGAGGAGGAGGCGCAGGAGGCGCAGGGCGCCCGGGGCUCCCGGCACGGCGCUAAGGAGCCGGACUCCUCCCCCAGACCCUCCACCGCCGCCGAGGAGGCUCCGGUGGGACGGGGGGUCGCUGCCGUGCCUCAGUUCCCCAAGGACCAGGACCUGCGCUUCACCCACAGCGCCGCCCGCUGACCCCGGGCGCCUGGGCCGAGCAACCGCUGCGACGCCAGGGGGCCCCUUCCCUCCUGAGGGGCCCGAUCGGUAGGACAUGGCAGAGGAGCCUCCUCGUUUGGACUCAACAGGUUGUGUGUAAAUGAAUGGGUGAGAGGAUGUUUCAGAUGAUGCUGUGAAUGAUACUCUUGAGAGAGGCUGGUUAAAAAUGCCAUAGUGCUGGAGGAUUGUGAGUGGUUAUGGGUGUGAAUGGGAUCUUAAGGUUGUGAGGGAUUUCUGAGCCCAUGGGGUGGGUUCUGUUUGAAUGAGGAUGCCACUAAGGGCAACACUUAACACUUGAAGCCACUUUCUCUCUUCCUUAUCCCCUCACGGCCAAGGAUGACUGAGUGAAUUAAAGGUGAACACUGGAAACUGUUCAACAUUGAGCAGCAAAUAUCCGCAGUGAGUUUUAGAUUGUUUUUCUCACCCAUCACACCCUCAAUGUUACCAACUGUCAUUGUUGACCACACUGUGAGCGUAUUACUCUCUACAAAGAGACCACAGCAGCACGCUACUUGAAAGAUACCACCAAGGCUGGUGUGUCCAGUGCAACUAAGAGUAAUGCAACACUGGAGUAAGGACCAGCAGGCUUUCUUCUGGUUAGCUUAAUAUGAAGGCUUGCUCCCCUUUCCAACUUUUAACCCUUGUGCCUCAUCUUUUGACCUUCGCGACCCCUGAAUGAUCAUGGCCAAUUAAGGCAGCAUUGAUGAAUUAUUCUGCCCUCAAUCAAAUGUGGAAUAUGUGACGUCUGCAUCAAAAGUGUUUCUUUCUUUUUAUUUAAAUGCUGUUACGACCUACAACUACAUCCCAGGCAAUUGACUUACACCUAAAUGUAUGGUACCAUCAGUAACUUUCUGCCCUAUUUAAAACUGGGCGCCUUUUCCCCAUGCUUCUUAUCUGAACAUGGAUUACAUCAACAUGGAAAGACUGAUUGCCCUUAAACACACACACACACACACCAUUGAAGCUUCUCCAGUUGGGCUCUGAUAGCCUUGUCUUACAUGUUUGCCCGUUGCCUGCUUAUCUGAGCAGCAAAAGCUUUUUGUGUAAUUGUUUUCUAAAAAAGAUUAAGGAAAAUACAAUGCGCCUAAAAAAAGCACUGGUCCGUAAUUCAGUUUUGUAUGUUUUGCUUUGUGAAAUGGGGUGGCAAAAUGUGAUGGAGUUUCAUGUUGCUGUAUAAAAGAACAUUUGUAUUGCGUGUUUUUUCUCGGUUUAGUUUAUUAAAGGACAUGUGACCAGUC